GCGGAGGAGGCGCUAGCGUAAUGUAAUGAGUUGAAGCUGGGUUGUUUUGAGGAGUAAAAAGUUGUUUAUUUCACUCUAGUGUUGGCUGACCCGUGGAGCCUUGUCAGUACUUGGAAUUAUACAAAGUUGGAAGAAAUGUAGGGACUUUUUGGCAGUUUUUGUCGUUGCCUCACGAUGGAGGAACCUGCGACAAGGCAAUUGGAGAUGUCCCUGUCAGACGGUACCUCGGACGACGACAUGCCCUUAAUGUUACCCUCAGAGGGCAGCCACAGUGGGAGCAUCCGUAAGGGAUGUGAUCCUUUUGCCCAGACUCAGCGCAGUAAACUGCAGCACCGGCGAGCUCGCAUCAACCAGCAGAUCAACAAAGAGAUGCGCAUGAGAGCAGGAGCAGAGAACCUGUUCAGGGCAACGACCAACAACAAGGUGAAGGAAACCGUUGCUCUGGAGCUCAGCUUCGUCAACUCCAACCUGCAGCUGCUGAAGGAGGAGCUGGAGGAGCUCAACAGCAACAUGGAGGUCUACCAGACAGACAGUGAUGCUAUCAACGUUCCCAUGAUCCCACUUGGAUUAAAAGAAACCAAAGAGGUGGACUUCACAGUUGCUAUCCAGGACUUUAUCUGUGAGCACUACGGAGAGGACAGCUCUCUCUACAGCAAGGAGAUCAAAGAGCUUAUGGAGCUCAGACAGGCCAUGCGUACACCCAGUCGUAACCAGGCUGGGCUGGAGCUCCUGAUGGAGUACUACAACCAACUGUACUACCUGGACCAGCGCUUCUUCCCUCUACACAGGAACCUGGGUGUACACUUCCAUUGGUACGAUUCUCUGACAGGCGUUCCGUCAUGUCAACGUACGUUGGCCUUUGAGAAAGGAAGUGUGCUGUUCAACAUCGGUGCUCUUUACACACAGAUCGGAGCACGACAGGACCGCUCUGCAGCAGCUGGCAUAGACCGAGCCAUAGAUGCCUUUCAGAGAGCUGCAGGUGCAUUUAAUUACCUUAAAGAGAAUUUCUCCAACGCUCCCAGUCUGGACAUGAGUGGUCCGUCGCUCUGCAUGCUGGUACGUCUGAUGGUUGCCCAGGUGCAGGAGUGUGUGUUUGAGCGUGUCACACUCACCACAAAGGACACACACUUCACUUCCCAACUCCGCCUGGCACAGGAAGCUGCACGGGUGUCAGAUGUCUACUUGUUAGUGCAGCAGACCAUGACGCAGCCUCUGAUGAAGGACUAUGUGCCGUUUUCUUGGGCGUCCAUGGUUCAGGUCAAAUCUGAACACUUCCGUGCCCUCUCACACUACUACGCAGCUGUCGCACUCUGCGAUCACACGUUAUCUGCUGAGGAGGACGAGGAUGAUGAGGAAGCAGAGAAGGCUUAUCUCCAGUUCUAUGUCAAUGUUCCUGCUGGGCCAACACUCAGCCAGGUUUUAGAAGACCCUGAAAAAAGAAGAAAGCUUGGUAAAGCUCACCUGCGGCGUGCAGUAAUCAGACAUGAGGAGGCCAUGCGUGUCCACAGUCUGUGUAAGAUCCUGAGGAAGAUGGACAUCCUGCAGGACGUGCUGUCUCUCACACACAAACGCUCCUUGGAUAAGUACUCGGAGCUGGACAGAGAGGAUGACUUUGAUGAAACUGCAGAGGCUCCAGAGAUACAGUCUCAAACCCAUCAGAAACCAGAAAUAACUCCAACCAACUUUGCUACAGUUCAAGUUACUGAUAUCUUCCAAAGACUGGGACCUCUGUCAGUGUUUUGUGCUCGGGCUCGCUGGGGUCCGAUGCGUGUGAUCUGCCUACAGAGGAGGGAGGGCGGACUAGGUCUUACACUCAGAGGAGACUCCCCCGUCCUGGUGGCUGGAGUGGUGCCUGGAGGCUGUGCAGCGGAGGCUGGACUAAGAGAAGGAGACUACAUAGUAGCAGUUGACGGACAGGAUUGUAAAUGGGCCAAACACAGCGAGGUGGUCCACAUGCUAAAGAGCUGUAGCGACAGAGGAGUGGAGCUCAGUGUGGUGACAUUACACUCACAUGAUACACAGCAGGUAGAGAGGAGGACCAUAAUGCUGUCACACAGCAGUGAUAAGGAAAAUACUCGGCAGCGUCUGCUGGGUGGAGCUAAGGGUCAGAGCUCCGCCUCCUUGUUGAACUGGAACAGGAAGAAGAAGAGGGAAGGAGGCGGGGUCACUAAGAGACUAGGAAGCACUUUCAGUUUGUCAUUCGGAAGCAUCCGAGACACUGAGGCCAUGUACUGAGACAUGACAGCAGAGGAACCACUCAGGGAAUCACAGCAGUGGAGCACAGGUUACGAUCAGGACCGCAUUCAGACUGACAGUAGUGCUGCACCAAGAAACAUCAGCAGGGGACGCUGCUGCUGCUGCUGCUGCUGCUGCAGCAGAGAGCUCUGACAAAAAGCACAAGGUUACUCCAGUAAAGUUGUUUCUGGCUUCUUCUUGCUUCAGCACAGUCCAGUGUAUCCGGCAGCUUUGCUGGCCAUUCAAAUAUGUGGAAGCACACAUACCAGGUAGAACACCUUCUGACAUGUAGCUUUUAGCUAAGAGCCUACUGCUGAUGCCAUAACUUUCAAGGGUUGAACAGUCCUGCCUCUGAGGAGUAUUUCGUACUCCUCUGUGCAGCUCUGCCUUGCAGCCUAAAAGUGUGUUGAGACAGAAUGCAAGGAAAAGUUUAGAUGCAGGAUGCUCUAAAGUCACUUUGAGACAGGACUGGGUUUAUAAAGCUUACAAACUGCCAUGCUGUUGCUCCUGCAUCGCUCUGUGCAAAAAAAAAAUACAAAAAUUGACUGACAAAAUGUGUGAUGCAGAUGCAGGGCUGGGCAAGAUAUCGAUAUUAUAUUGAUUUUGUGAUGUGAGACUAGAUAUCAUCUUAGAUUUUGGAUAUUGUAAUAUUGUAAGUCUUUUCAGAGUUCUAAAGGCUGCAUUACAGUCAAGUGAUGUCAUUUUCUGAACUUACCAGACUGCUCUAUAGCUGUUCUACUUUUUGCCUUUACCCACAGAGUCAUUAUCAGACCCAAACAGAAUCGACUAAAAGAACAUCUUAGUAGAUUUUAGUAGAAUCUUUGAAUCAGAAAUUUUAUUUGAUCAUGAAUACUUCAAGAAAAAAUGUAAACAUUUGUUGGAAAUAUCAAUCAACAAAAUGUGGGACACAUGGCCAUUAAAAUGAAAGGAGCGGAGAAAACAAAAAUGUAUUUGCCAGUCUAUUAAUCUAUUAAUAGUAAAUCUUAAAUUUGACAUAUUUUCUCACUACACCAAUAACUUAGAUUGUGAUGCUAACCGAAUACAACACACGAUUGUCAUACUCAUGCACAAGGAGGUGGAGGGGACAGUGACAACAUUCUGAGAUUUACAAGCAGCGUCUUUAUCCCUAAAAUCUGUGGAAAAUCUGCAGAGUUCUGUGAGCACAGAUUGUGUAUGGGCAUGGUCAUUGUAUUCACAUUAAUGAUGAUUAUUUAUCAAAAAUGUUGUGAAACACUAAUCGUCAACACUACAAUAUCGGCGCAAUAUAGAUAUCAGGGUAUUUGGUCAAAGAUAUCAAAAUAUUUGAUUGUCUCCAUGUCGUCCAGCCCUAUGCACACACAACUUUUGUUGUACAUCUUUCAGUGGUUGAACUUCACUGUGAGACAGGAAGCCACUGAGAGUCAAAGGAUUAUUUUGAAUAUUACUGAACUUGAUUUGUUUUUUUUUAAGCAAACAACUGACAGUUACGUUAAAAAUAAUCAUUCCAAUCAACCAGAGACUAGUGAAUAAAUAAAUUAACUAACAGGCUAACAGUAAGUCCAGGGCCAAGGGCUCACAAACAAACAACCCAACCUUGUAAGUCUUAACCAUGCUUACAGCUUGUGAAUGUUGAGAUCUAAUGGGACAACAAAGAAAAGGUUUCAGCUUUUGUUCUAACUCAGAUUCAGAUAAGCAAUAUUAGUACAGUGCUGUUGGAGAUUACUCUGAUAUGGAAUCGGGAUUAACAAAAAAUGAGAUGAGUCCACCUUUAUCGACUAAGUUUAAUGCUCACUGGAUGUCUUAUGACACAAACAAACCUAUUUGGAUUUAAUCUUUUUAAGACCGCACCCAAGCAACAUUAGAUAUACCCCCGUCCUAUGUCUUAGUGUUGAUGCUUUAGAGAAGCAGAUAUUUAAUCACUUUUGCUUCCUGUAUCGGCACAGUACGGCUAACAAACCUGGACUACUUCUGUCUAUAUAAUGUGUCCAGUGUGUGCUGCGGGUGACACAAUGCUAUGCGACACAGCUGGCAAUAUCUGCAGUGAAAUUAAGUAAGUCACUGAAAGCUCCUUUGCUUAACUUUAGACAAAGUAUAUGUAUUGUAACAUUAAUGUACUGAUGGAGAAAGAAUUGAGAGGGCAGUUAAGAAUUAGAAACAAGUACCAUGUUUCUUGUGUCUUACAUUAUCCUUAAGUGGUCUCUGAGAUGACAGAACACUGUAACAGUCAACUGUUUAACCACUAAAGUGCUCCACAUUUGGAUCAGCUCAUCCACUUUGCAUUACUAAUGAAUAUGACGAUGAUGUUCUUGCAGAAAUAUUUGUGUUUAGUUUUGUCAUUUUUAGAUAAUUAAAAGCACUUCAGAUGUUUUGAUCCAAUGUUUGGUAGUUUUGAUAUUUUUAAUGCACUGUGAACAUUGAAAAGGACAAAUCUCAUGUUAAUAAUGCAGUCCUGACUUGGUAUUUUAAUAAUGACCAUGAAACACACAAAUACUCUUGUGUGUAUUUGAAAUGUAGUGUCUUAUAUCUGUUGUGUCCUUACUGGUUUCUGAGAGUGGUCCAGCCACUGUGCUGUGUUCCAGUCAGCCAGUAUGAGGAACAAUAGAUAAGGAUGUUAGUGGGAAAAUGUUUUUAUUAUUAACAGUGUUUGAACUUUUUGUAAGAUUUUGAUAUAUCUAGAAAUGUGAGAAUUGUAGCACAUUACUCGUUGGUCCAGCUAAAAAUUGAUGCUGAGUUUUCUUUUGUUUUGCCAUGGCCUGUGUGUGUCUUUGUGUUCUUUCUGUACAAUGUUUGUGCCAUGGCGGUCCAUAGUGGUGAGUACAGAAAGCCAGAGGGGACAAACAAUUAUAUGUCAUUCUCUUUUAACAUGAUCACAACUGUCCUGUGAUGUGUUUUCCGUUGUCAUGAAAAAAGUUUAGCGAUCACAAAAAAGUGUUGACAGUUUACACCAACAUUACAAAUAGUAAGAUCUUUUUAAUCCUCAUAAUCAUGACAUAAAUAUCAGAUUUCAAGGAACCAAGUUUGACAUGUUAUGAUAACAAAGUAUCUUCUUGUUGAAGAAAAACUGGUACAAUCUUUCCUGCUCAGCUUUCUGCACUCUGUAUGUGUGAGUGAGUAAAUAUUUGUCAAAACUGUUGUGAAGGAAUAUUUUUUUCCUUCUGUUUGUGUCUUUGACUCAAUAUCUGACCAUCUCUUAUUGACUGCAUUUGGGGAUUUGCACACUAUUUUUUCAUGUAUAAAUACAAUAAAAAAGUGAAUAAUAAUAAAGACUGUGAGCUGUAUCUGUU